CAUGACUGAGUGCAUAUGCCAAUGCACUUAACUGUAUUGCUGCAUACUAAACUCCUCUGCUCUCGUAGUGUAUACAUGUGCAAUUUAUGAGCUAUUUAUGUAACUUUUUAGCACAGAGAGGUUAUGUUUGACGACCCUAGAGGCCUUUGUACGACGAGAUGAAAAGACUAAUUGUGGGAGUGGGUGGGAUGACCAAUGGAGGAAAAUCCACUCUUUCCAAAAGUCUAAAGGAGAAGAUCCCCAACAGCUGCAUCAUUGCACAGGAUUCAUUCUUUAAGGAUGAUUCGGUGGUACCAGUGGACGGUAACGGCUUCAAGCAGUAUGACACACUUGAUGCUCUCCACAUGGACAGCAUGAUGAGCGAGGUUGACGCCUGGCAAAGAGAUCCCAAGACCGUCCUCAGGAAAGCACAUCUGGCUCCAGAGAAGAUGACGCCAUCGUCACCAGAUGACGUGUUUGUGCUGAUUGUGGAAGGCUUCCUCAUAUUCAAUCAUAGAGCUUUGAAUGAGCUCAUGGACAAAAGGUACUUCCUGGAAAUACCUUAUGACACCUGCAAGCAGAGACGAAGUUUGAGGGUGUACAAGCCACCUGAUCCUCCAGGCUACUUUGAUGGACACGUGUGGCCCAUGUACCUGAAGAACCGCCAGGAGAUUGAGAGCACGGCCACGGGAAUCUUGUUUCUGAAUGGACUCAAGUCAAAGGAGGAGCUGCUGGCCACUGUGUAUCAAGACGUUUGUCUCGAAAUGAAGAGGCUCAAAGAUACAGACUGAAAAUGCUGCCCUCUUAUCGUAUUUCCUCACCUCCUGGUGAAUUGGAGGACCUCUGCUCCCAUGGAGUCAGUCGCUUGGACCUACUUGUAUUAACGUGCACCUAAAAGGACCAAAGUGACUUGUCACAAUGUGUUUUUAGAUAGCAGUAGCUGACAUGAAUAUGAAGAUGUAAUGUGUGUUUUUAGCUAACCUUAUUUCUCAUUUUGUUGUUUGCCUCUUAAAUGUUUGUGUCUUUGUUUUAUUCAAAUGUUUGUGUCUUUGUUUUAUUCAAAAGGUCUGAUUGGGCCAGAUUGAUGAGACAAAAAGAGGGAAAUUACAGGAAAAAUGUCAUUAAAUUAUUAAUUUAUAUUUAAUUAAAUAAUGUUGGAAUAUUACAAAAAUUAAGUUGUAUUUUUGUGGGAGGAAAAAGUCAUAUUAUUAUGAGAAUAAAGUUAAAUUAUAUUGAAAAAAAGCAGUACAAUUACUAGCGUAAAGUUAUACGUAAUAUUACGUCUAAAAAGGUGGCAGUGCUGGCCCAUACAGAAAAGAAAACAACAAAAAGUGAUCAAGUUGUCAGAAUAAUUCUGUCUCUGUCAUAUUAAUUCUGUCUCUGUAAUA